AUGGAUCCCCGCGUGGCCUGGAUCCAGCCCGAGCAGAAAGGCCCCGCGAAUGCGCUGUGGAUGCAGAUCUGGGAGACCUCGCAGGGCGUGGGGGGCCGGGGCGGCGCCAGCUUCCCGCACUACCUCUGCCUUAACUCCCCGGCGCUGGACUCCGCCGCCGCCUCCCCGCCCCGCGGCCACAGCUGCGUGCGGCUCGGGGCGCCCGGCGGCGGCGCCUGCUGCUCCUCUUCCUCGCCGCCUUCGCCUUCGCCUUCCCCUCCGGCCCUGCUGACCGGACUGGUUCCCGCUGCCACCGCCGGCCCCGCGGCGGUGAACGGCGGCGAGGGAGGGCGGCGGCUGCAGAAGUCGCCUUCCGUGUCUUCCUCGUCCUCCUGCUCGUCGGUGGAGUCCGGCACCGAGAGCCCCGGCUUCUCCUCCUCGGGAUCGUGCAGCGGCGGCGGAGGCGGCGGCUCCUCCUCUUCCUCCUGCGGCCCCCGGGCGGCGGCGGUGGCUCCUCCCGGGCUGCUGGGCAGCGGGGCCGGACCCGGGGAGUUUUUUAACUUCCACGAGAACAAAGUGAACGGUGUGAACGGGCACCACCAGCCCCCGCACCUGGCGCGCAGCCCCCACCCGCCGCCGCCGGCGUCUCCCCAGCAGCACCAGUACCACCCGGGCCGUAGGAAACGAGAGAAUAAAGCCAGCACCUAUGGGAUGAAUUACCUGCUCUCCGGCAGCCGUGGCGUCGCCGUCAACAACUCCCCCCACCAGCAGCGUCAGCCGCCUCAGCCAGCACUGCAGAGCCCCGGCACACCCUGGAAGACCAGGAAAUACAGCCCGGGCGUGCAGGGACUACAUGAAGAAAUAAUUGACUUCUAUGACUUCAUGUCCCCUCGUCCUGAAGAAGCAGCUAUGAGAAGAGAAGUGGUGAAAAGAAUAGAAACAGUCAUCAAAGAUCUUUGGCCUACAGCUGAUGUCCAGAUAUUUGGCAGCUUUAGUACAGGGCUUUAUCUUCCAACUAGUGAUAUUGAUUUAGUUGUUUUUGGGAAAUGGGAACGACCCCCUUUACAGCUGCUGGAGCAAGCACUAAGAAAACACAAUGUGGCUGAGCCAUAUUCCAUUAAAGUACUUGAUAAAGCUACGGUACCAAUAAUAAAACUUACUGACCAGGAGACAGAAGUGAAAGUUGACAUCAGUUUUAAUGUAGAAACUGGUGUGAAGGCAGCUCGAUUUAUCAAGGAAUACAUGAAGAAAUAUUCUUUGCUGCCUUACUUGAUUUUAGUAUUAAAACAGUUCCUCCUUCAGAGGGACUUGAAUGAAGUUUUUACCGGUGGAAUUAGCUCUUACAGCCUAAUUUUAAUGGCAAUUAGUUUCCUGCAGCUGCAUCCAAGAAUUGAUGCCAGAAGAGCUGAUGAAAACCUUGGAAUGCUUCUGAUAGAAUUUUUUGAACUCUAUGGGAGGAAUUUUAACUACUUGAAGACUGGUAUUAGAAUAAAAAAUGGAGGUGCCUAUAUUGCCAAAGAAGAAAUCAUGAAAGUCAUGACUAAUGGAUACAGACCAUCGAUGCUAUGUAUUGAAGAUCCUCUCCUGCCUGGAAACGACGUUGGCAGAAGUUCUUACGGUGCCAUGCAAGUGAAACAAGUUUUUGAUUAUGCCUACAUUGUUCUUAGCCAUGCAGUAUCACCACUUGCAAGAUCAUAUCCAAAUAGAGAUUCUGAGAGCACAUUAGGUAGAAUCAUCAAAGUGACCCAAGAAGUGAUUGACUACAGGGCCUGGAUUAAAAAGAAGUGGGGGAGCAAAAUUAAUUUAUCACCUGAACUUGAUAAUAGGUUGAAAAUAAGAGACCAGAUAUCUUUGUGCAAUGGAGAACAGCAACAGAACAGAGACUCUGAACCAUCUUACAACCAACGCUUGACCUUGUCAUUGGCUAGUACACAACAGUUAUCCUCUGGUUCAUCUGCCUCUUCUGUAUCAUCACUCUCCGGCAGUGACAUUGAUUCUGAUACACCACCUUGCACAGCUCCUAAUGUUUACCAGUUCAGUCUGCAAGCACCGACUCAGCUUAUGGCCAGUUUACCACCCGCAUUGCCUAUGCCAAGUGGUAAACCCCAAUCUGCGCCUACGAGAACCUUGAUAAUGGCCGCCAGUAAUCAGCAGCACAGUGGAAUGAAGUUUUCCAUGAAAGGAACUCAUAACCAAGGCAACAGCUACAGCCCUGUCAGCAGUGGAGGCAUGAGGCAACCAGUUGGUAACCGAGGACACCACCAGUACAAUCGUAAUAUAUGGAGAAGAAAAAAACACAGAGACAGUUUGCCUAUUAGUCUGAGCAGAUAAUGGCAGAUGCCAAAAUGACCUUCCCUGUUCAGACGAACUGAGUGAGUGCCACUCAACUUGAGGGAUGGAGACCAGCGUCCAGCACAUCGUUUUAUUGGUGUUGCCAAAUAUCUGCAGCUGACUUCUUUGCAUGUUUCUUUGUGUGGUGGUUCAGUCCAUCUUCAAGAAGUAGUUGUGCUUAUCUGUGAAGCCUUAUUAAAUGUGGAAGUUUGUUUUCUGCCUUCCCACAAUGGUUCAUACAGUGCCGAAGCAGCUCUGACAGUA